UUUUUUCUCCCUAUAACCACAAAAUUAAAGAACCAAAUUGGGUUCUUGAAUUAUUUCUUAACUUUCGAAAUUUCUGCUUAACUAGUUGAAUUCUUCAGAAAAAGCCCUGCUUGAUUCGUUUAUCAAGUCAGCUAGAAAAUAUGGAAGAGAAGAGUGAUAUUGCGAAGGAUGUCACAGAACUUAUUGGAAACACCCCUAUGGUAUAUCUCAACAAAAUCGUGGAAGGUUGUGUUGCCCAAAUUGCAGCCAAGUUGGAGUCAAUGGAACCGUGCUCAAGUGUCAAAGACAGGAUGGCAUACAGUAUGAUCAAAGAUGCAGAAGAUAAGGGCCUGAUUACUCCUGGAAAGACAGUCCUCCUUGAGGUAACCAGUGGUAAUACCGGCAUUGGUCUUGCAUUUAUUGCCGCAGCUCGUGGCUACAAACUCGUGACAGUAAUGCCAGCAUCAUACAGUCUCGAGAGAAGGAUUGUUCUUAAGGCUUUGGGUUCUGAGUUAUACAUCACAGAUCCAGCCAAAGGUAUUGAUGGUGUGCUUCAGAAGGCUGAAGAAAUACUAGAUAGGACGCCAAACUGUCAUUUCUUUCGUCAGUUUGAGAAUCCUGCCAAUCCAAAGAUCCAUUAUGAAACAACUGGACCAGAAAUAUGGAAAGGCACAGGAGGGAAAGUUGAUAUUUUUAUUGCCGGGAUUGGAACUGGAGGCACAGUGACGGGAGCUGGAAGGUUCCUUAAGGAGAAGAAUCCAGAAAUAAAGGUAUAUGGUAUAGAACCAGCCGAAAAUGCAGUUCUAAAUGGAGGACAAAAAGGGCCACAUAAAAUCCAAGGAAUUGGUGCUGGUUUUGUCCCAGCCGUUCUUGAUCUCAGCAUCCUGGAUGAAGUUCUUCAAGUAUCUAGUGAUGAAGCUAUUGAAAUGACAAAGUUUCUUGCAUUGAAAGAAGGUUUGCUGGUAGGAAUAUCCUCGGGGGCUGCAGCUGCUGCAGCGGUAAAAGUAGCAAAAAAACCAGAAAAUGCUGGGAAACUCAUUGCAGUUAUCUUCCCUAGUUUUGGGGAGCGUUAUCUCUCCACCGUGCUGUUUGAUUCAAUUCGAGAAGAGGUGGAGAACAUGACUUUUGAGUAACUUUAUGCUUCUUUGGACCAAGUGAUAGGGAAUUGAAGGAAGUUAUAUGUUGUAACUUGAGGUUAAAUAGAAAAUACAACUAAGUGUUUCCUCCUAAGUAGGUGAACUAUUGUUCACAAAUACAAAUAUUCUUACCAUGUGAAAGGUAUAAAGAACAACUAUUUCUUCGUGUACGGCUAUCAACCUCUCUUGUGCUAUACAGUGGUUUGUUCUGAGUUCCUUGGUUCGCCCUUCCAGGCGUGGCUCCAGUCUCUACGGGCUCAGCAGUAGCUCUUGGGCUGGCAACCAGCUGAGGCUAUUCCUGAGGCUGGACUUCAUCAGUCCAAGCUUUGCUUGUCGUCUUUGUAAUUUACAUGACAAUUACUACUCCUUUUAACCUCUUGUUUUUGCUUUUA